AUGACGGCAGCCGAAGCGAAAUUCUACAGGGAUGGUUAUACACACCGAACGGUGCUGUUUGACAGCAUGCAGGAUGCCAAGGCAGAAUAUGGCGGCGCACUGAACUUCAGCGCAUAUCGCCAGGGCCGUGACAGACAGUACCUGGGCGUCAACGGGAAGAACUACUACGCGAAACCUUGGGGCAACGACUCCUCCAAUAUCCAGGCGGUGAUUAAUGGACCAUCCUACUGGAAGCGUGUGUACUAUCGCGAGAACAUUGCCGCGCGGUUUGCGCGUGAAGAUGCGGAGGCAGCCGAACGCAAGGCUCAGGCGGAGAUUGCAGAGGCCCUUUCGAACGGGGCGGGUGAGGCGCCGCCGAGGCGAUCGCAGUCGGAAAGCGCGCUUCAGAAGCCGAAGACCCUCGAUGCAAAGGACACGUACGCGCCCAUCAAGGAGAACAUGAAGCCUUUCGUGGAGAAGCAAGGCAAGCCACGCAUCAGAGCUAUGGAGGCCGGAGAGCGAUUGCACUUCUUCAAUACCCUUCACAACAAGUACCACAUGAAGGCUGGUGGCAAGAACUUGGAGUGGAAUGUCUCCAAGCAGACCCACCGAAGUACCAAGAAUGAGCUGAACUGGAUCUUGUCCAACUACUUCCGCACCGACUCGCAUGCUGUCCUAAAGGGAGCGGGGCACGACUGA